UUUAAAAACAUCUUAUUUGACUCUCCCAACACCAUUUUUUUUCUAUAUAUAAACAAACACAACAUUUCUUCUUCUAACAACAUUUAUGUGAUCAAACUUACUUCAAUCCAAAAAAAAAUAAAAAUCUCUUCCUAUCUAAUAGCAAAUCAAGGAAACAGGAUGAGUUUUUUCGCGAUUGUAUUCGCAUUAAUCUGCGCAGGACGAGUUGUUGCUCAAUCGAGCAACGACUGCACGAACGUAUUGAUCAGUAUGUCACCUUGUUUAAACUAUAUUACUGGCAACUCCUCUGUUCCAUCUUCAGGUUGUUGCACUCAGCUUGACACUGUGGUUAAGAAUAAUCCAAGUUGUUUGUGCCAAGUACUUAAUGGUGGUGCCUCUAAUUUGGGGCUAAAUAUUAAUCAAACUCAGGCUAUGGCACUUCCUACUGCUUGUAAAGUUCAGACUCCACCUCUUAGCCAAUGCAAUGCCGAUUCACCAAAUGGCUCUCCUGCUGGAGCACCAACUUCUCCAACUACUGAUACUUCAGGACGUGGACCUAACGCAGUACCAUCACCACAAGAUGGUUCAAAUGAUGCAACUUCAACUAAAAUGGCAACUCCUCUGUUCUUCUUCCUUCUCUUUGUUGCUUCAACAUUCACCGCGGCCUGAGAUUUUCAGCUACGACUUUUUUUUACCUGUUGUAUUAUCGAUUACUAGCUCCGUUUGUUUUAGUUCGUAUGAUCUGUAGUCAUUUUCUUGAUGGAGAUUAUUGUAUUUUCUUAUUCUUUAGUUACAUAAUUUUUUUCUUGAAUUGUGUUCAGACAUUACAUAAUAAAUUUUUGUAUAUGCAUUA